CCGCGGCCGCAGACAAAGGCGCCUCUCGCGCCCGGGCGCCGCGCUCCGCGCUCUGCCUCGGGAAGGAGACUCGGCCUGAAAGAUGCCACAUUCCUGCAGGCUCUUUGCGGACAGCAGAACAGACUCAGUCAAGGUGGUGUGGAUACGUGGGUGACAGAGAAUGCUACCCACAGCCAAAGGCUCUGGAAGAUCCUGGCCUGGGAGUUGUGUUCCCUUUGGACUUGGGAUAUCAGGUGUAACUUGGUGUGAAGCUCAUGAAAGACGCUUGGCUUUCUCUAGCUUUUUUCCCUAAUACUCACCAGACUGGUUUGGUUUUUGAACACUAAGGUAAGCUGGCUUUUUUUAAAAAAAAAGCUGACAGAAAUAGAAAGAAGCCCCUAGGAGUCUCCAGAACCGUCUGACAGGAUUGCUUCAUAGUACUGAGAACAUAGAGGGGGGCUCUGAUACCACUGAGCUUUGGACCCUUUUAAGUGAAGGAACAGCUCAGCAAACAGUUUCUGCUCUUCAGCCAGAAGCCGCCUCUUACAAAGAAUUCAAAGGGGGAGUUGCUGCAUAUUGUACUCUGAGAUCCAUGGUGACAGAAAACGUCACCUUCCCCCAGAUAACGAUCCUGGCUUUUCCUUCUGAAAUGUUAGAUUUACAGGAAGGAUGAGCCAUUCUAAGCAUCAAGGAGGAUUCAGGAAGCAGAAGAGUUGGUGGACAUCUAUCCCCGCCUAAGUGAGGAAAACGAUCUGAACUUCCAGUGUUGCAGCUCAGCCAGCAGAGGACUACGCCAGGAGCAAAAGCAUACCUUGGCUGGGGAACUUUGCAAAAUGAGGUGUUCCAGAGAAGCCACUACCCAGGACUUGGCCUUUCCUGCCUGCCCUUUCAUCACAUGGGCAGUCCUAGACCACUGAGUCAACAAUGGCUGAGAAGGGUGACUGCUUCGCCAGUGUCUAUGGGUACGACCUUGGUGGGCGCUUCAUUGACUUCCAACCCCUGGGUUUUGGUGUCAACGGGCUGGUGCUGUCAGCUGUGGACAGCCGGGCCUGCCGGAAGGUGGCUGUGAAGAAGAUCGCCCUGAGUGACGCCCGCAGCAUGAAGCAUGCGCUCCGGGAGAUCAAGAUCAUCCGGCGCCUGGACCAUGAAAACAUUGUGAAGGUGUAUGAAGUGCUGGGGCCCAAGGGCACUGACCUGCAGGGUGAGCUGUUCAAGUACAGUGUAGCCUACAUCGUCCAGGAAUACAUGGAGACUGACCUGGCACGCCUGCUGGAGCAGGGCACACUGACAGAGGAGCAUGCCAAGCUGUUCAUGUACCAGCUACUCCGCGGGCUCAAAUACAUCCACUCUGCCAACGUGUUACACAGGGACCUGAAGCCCGCCAACAUCUUCAUCAGCACAGAGGACCUUGUGCUCAAGAUUGGGGAUUUUGGGUUGGCAAGGAUUGUUGAUCAGCAUUACUCACACAAGGGUUAUCUUUCAGAGGGGCUGGUGACAAAGUGGUACCGCUCCCCACGACUGCUCCUGUCCCCCAACAACUAUACGAAAGCUAUCGACAUGUGGGCAGCCGGCUGCAUCCUGGCUGAGAUGCUCACAGGGAGGAUGCUCUUUGCUGGAGCUCAUGAACUGGAGCAGAUGCAGCUGAUCCUGGAGACCAUCCCUGUGAUCCGUGAGGAGGACAAGGACGAGCUGCUCCGCGUCAUGCCAUCCUUCGUCAGCAGCAGCUGGGAGGUGAAGAGGCCACUGCGCAAGCUGCUCCCUGAAGUGAACAGUGAAGCCAUUGACUUUCUGGAGAAGAUCUUGACCUUUAACCCCAUGGACCGCCUGACAGCUGAGAUGGGGCUGCAGCAUCCCUACAUGAGUCCAUACUCAUGCCCUGAGGAUGAGCCCACCUCGCAACACCCCUUCCGCAUAGAGGACGAGAUUGACGACAUCGUGCUGAUGGCCACCAACCAGAGCCAGCUCUCCAACUGGGACAGGUACCCAGUGAGUCUGUCAUCAGACCUGGAGUGGCGACCCGACCGGUGCCAGGAUGCCAGCGAGGUGCAGCGCGACCCACGCGCGGGCUCGGCGCCGCUGGCUGAGGAUGUGCAGGUGGACCCGCGCAAGGACUCGCAGAGCAGCUCGGAGCGCUUCCUGGAGCAGUCGCACUCGUCCAUGGAGCGCGCCUUCGAGGCCGACUACGGGCGCUCCUGCGACUACAAGGUGGGGUCACCGUCCUACCUGGACAAGCUGCUGUGGCGCGACAACAAGCCACACCACUAUUCGGAGCCCAAGCUCAUCUUAGAUCUGUCGCAUUGGAAGCAGGCGGCCGGCGCACCUUCCACAGCGGCGGUGGCAACAGAUGCGGUGACACGCGAGGACGAGCCGGCCAGCCUUUUCCUGGAGAUUGCGCAGUGGGUCAAGAGCACUCAGGGCGGACCCGAGAGCACCAGCCCGCCCCGUGAUGGCCCCGAGCGCCGCCUGUCCCCCUCACCCUCUGACUGCCCUGCCCCUGUCGAUGGUGGCGCAAGCCCCCAGUUCGACUUGGACGUGUUUAUCUCGCGCGCCUUGAAACUCUGCACCAAGUCUGAGGAUCUGCCAGACGAUAAGCUGGGCGACCUCAAUGGCGCUUGCAUCACGGAACACCCUGGUGACCUCGUACAGACGGAGGCCUUCUCCAAAGAAAGGUGGUGAGGCCAGAGGGGGGGUCCAUGGUGCCCAGCAGGAAGCCACCCCAGAAAGCCCUGCCUGGCCAAAGAGGGUCACCUCUCAGGCACCUCCACCACCCCUUCCGCCCCUCUCUGCUGCCUUGGGGUUAGCAGAACACAAGAAGGAUCCGAGGAGCGAGAGGAAUGUCCAUUUCUUAAACUGCCUUAAUUACCAGCCUUUAACCUCUGGGAGCAGGUUUGAAUAGGAGCCUGGCUGGGAGCUAACCACUUUCCCAGCAAAGGGGAAGCCCUGUGCUUUAUAAGUGGCAGGUCAUGGAGAAAAAACCAGUCAUAGAGGACAGUCUGCAGCCCCCGCCUGGGUGGUCAGGUGCAGAGGCAGCUUGCAAACACAACUGUGAAGCCAUCUGGCCCACCAAUCCCAACUGACAGCUGAGGAAAGGCACUUGGGCCCAGAGAAGCAAGGUGACUUGUUUAGAAUCGACUUGUUCGGUCAGUGUCAGUGCCAGGGUGAGCCUUGAAUCCCAGUUUCCUGGUCCCUGAAGCAGUGUCUGUCCCCAGUAUCAUGUCUUCCUCUGCUAGAUCACUCUGACUUUUUUGCAGGGGUGAGUCCAGAAAGUUGGACCAAGAUGUUUCUGCCCUGUCCAUUACCAUCUGAUCCAUCCAUGUUCUUUAAUUCAGACCAAUGUUACUGCUGUUCUUCAAUUGGAAACUGAAAGCAGUUUUUCCUAGUCACCAAGCAUAUGUUUACUGGCUCCCCAAAUACUUAAAUGUUCUCAUCUGCCUCCUCCCCCCGUGCAUUUGCCUCAUCGCUGCAUGGUCUGAAAUCUUUGCUUCAGAGCAGAGCAGCAGGUUCCUGGGUAAAGCUGGCCAUUCUCCCAGGCCUGUGCAUACACCUCCGGCACACCCUAUGCACUUUCCUGAUGUGCCCAAAGACACAGUCCUCAUUCCCCAGUUGAUGUCGUACAUGGUGAGCUUGAAGACAGCCUUUCCAGGAAUCCCUCCACCCUAACCGCUUGAAUUUGCCUGCCCCUGCCCACACACACAGAGCUCCUGUCCAAGCCCACCAUGGCACAGGAAGUUCUCAGCACAAAUUGCUCAUUUGGAGGAAAACAGUGAGGUGCCUGCCAUAGACCAAACAUGUUAGGAGGAAAGGUUUCAUGUGGGACUUGUCAUCCCUCGUCCAUACUGCCCUUGAUUUUGAUCAUCCACUUAGCAUCGGCUGAGAGCAGGCCCUAAAGAAAAGCACUGGUGAACUAGCAGCCUUGGGGCAAGGAACUCAGAAAGGUAGGAAAGGUGACAACCGAAGUUGCCCCUAAUGGGAGCUUGGAGUACUCAGGCCCUCUGCAGAAGCACGGGUUGGGGUCACUCACAGCCCCAUUGGUGGAACUCUGCCAUUGGUGUCCAUGUCUUUACUCUCCCCCAGCACCCCAAGAUACCCACAGGAAGUCUAGCCAACCUAUAGGGAGGGGAUUCCCCCACUGUGGGGCUUGGGCUGCGUUCAUGCUCACAUCACAGCACCUUAAAUUGAGUCAGGAAGUUAUCAUUUGUACACUGAAACCUGCAACAUGUUAGAAACUUAUAUUUAAAAACAGAAUUAGUCACACUGACCUGUUUUUAAAUAGAAAAUGUGUAAAUAUAAAGAGUUUAGACUUUGCUUUUUAAAAAAAAAAAAGAAAUGUACACCAGUCCUCAUGUGCCAUUGUGUCCUCAGAGUGUGGCUUUACUUUUUGGGUAAAAGAACAAGCUGCUGACCUUGACCAGGAGUUCAUAUAUAAUUGUCAUUACAGAGAAAUUCUUAUAACUACUCAUGAUUUUAAAAAAAAAAAAUCUAUUAAACAUUAUUAAACUUGAUCAGGAUGGGCCAAAUAAAGUUUUAUUGGAACAUAGA